AUGGAUCUCGAUGGAACUCUUGGCCUUCUUGAGAACCUUUGUCCAUGCUGCUCUGUCAUGUUUGCCGGCUUCUCACCAUCGAGUGCAUCAUCCAAAUCCUACUGUAUCAGUCUGGGGUUCACCCUGCCCCCUGUGUUCGAGGAAGCUCAGCAUCUAGCUGAUAAGCUGAAGAAGAUCACUGUGGCAGACUUAAUGGAGUACGGAAAUACACCACAAAAGGGAUCAGAUGAGACGGAUGAAAAUAUUUCUAAAAGCAGACAUCAACAUCAGGAAGAAGACGACAACAAUGAUGGUGCAGAUGAUGGUGAAGGGGCUGAGGAUUUUGGUCUGGAUGCACAGAAGCGAAAGCUGCAAGCUUUUGAUGAGAUGGACUAUGAAGAUGGAUGUGAAGAUGAGGUGAGAGAUGGGGAUCUGACAGAUAGAGAUGAAGUUGAAAAUAAUGAGGAGAAUGAUGUUGAAAAUGGUCAGUAUGAUGCACUUGGGGUCGUAGAUGCUAUCGAUGAAAAGUCUGAAAGUCCUUUAGAAGAAGCUGGGGACCUGCCUAAGCCCAAGUCAAAGGAGAUGAACAAAUCAGGAGCCACAAUUAAAAAGAAGGUCAGAGCACAGUUAGUAAGAAAACAGACUGACAGGUCAAUAUUUGUGUCAGCAAACGGGUUCCACUUUGAGGUCCAUUUUAAAUUUACGGAUGAACCUCGUAUUUUGCUGGCUCAGAUUGCUCAGCAGACAGCCCAGAAGGUUUGUAUGCAAAGAUCUGGCAAUGUUGCUGACUGCAAACAAAUUACUUGUGACAAAAAUCAAGUCCUCUUAUAUGGAAAGGAUCCUGAGAAUAAACAAAGCUAUUCAUCCAAGUAAAAAAAAAGGAGACGGCAGCUCUUCAGACCACUGGAGUGGAUUUCCGUACAUUUUGGAAAUUGCAAGAUGUUCUUGAUGUCAGGUAUUUAUAUUCCAAUAACAUACAUGCUAUGCUGAACACUUACGGAGUAGAAGCCGCCAGGGAAACCAUCAUCAGAGAAAUUGUGAAUGUUUUCAAGUCUUACGGGAUAUCCGUCAACAUUAGGCACCUUACGCUCAUAGCUGAGUCUACAUGACUCAUACGGGUGGUUAUCGUCCAAUGAAUAGAUUUGGAGGCAUCGCUUGGGACGGCUUCUAAGUUCAUUGUGGAAGCAGCAUACCAUGGACAGACGGAUGACUUGGAAACCCCGUCCGCUAGGAUCUGUCUUGGAUUGCCAGUCAAGGUGGGUACUGGAUGUUUUGAUUUGGUGCAGAAGAUAGAGGUUUAGCGUAGCUCUUUUGUUAUUUGACGUCUUUCUCCCGAACGUACUUUCCCAUUUUUGGUGUAGUGGAAACAACAAUCUUGGUUUUGUAGGUUUACUUUGGUUUCGAUUUCGUCCGUAUGGUUUCAAUUGUCGAAAUAAUUGAAAUCAAAUUGACGACAUAUCGGUCAUAACAAUGACACAAUGAUGAUAUAACGAGGAUGUGCUGAAAAUGAAUCAGUUCAGCUACCAAAUGUUAAUAAUGGAUCAAAGCUUUCAUCA